AUGGCGACGGCGCGGUGCUGGGGCGCCGCCGCGCUGCUCCUCUCGCUGGCGGCGCGGCUCCCGCCGGGCCGCGGCUUCUCCUUCCCCCUGCGGCGGCCCGGCGGCUGCGGCGACGCCAGUUACUUCGACAUCUCCCGCCUGGCCUGCGGGCCGUGCGGGCCCCACCAGAGGCCGAGCGCCGGGGGUCGUUCAUGUGUGUGCCAGCCAGGAUUCAGGAUGGUUUCUAAUAAUGGUGGGCCAUUUGUUACCUGUGAAAAAUGCCCAGAAAACAUGAGUGGAGUUACUAAAGAUGGGUGGAAUUGUAUUAGCUGUCCUAAAGGUCUAACUUCAGAAGGAAAAUGUAAAUGCCUCAAUAAUGAAAUAUUAGUGGAAAGAACUAUAGAUGGCAUUUUGCUAAAUGAAGCAUUAUGUAUACAGUGUAAUGGAAGUGAGCAGUCCUUCUCUGCUUCAGAUGCCUUAGGAAAUAGAUGUGUAAGAUGUGAAAAAACAUUCAUCAAUGCAAGCAAGUCUUGUGACUGUAGCAGCCCGAAUAUUUUAACUGGGGGAUUAUGUUUCAGUGCUAGUGAAAACUUGCCCCCAAAGGGAAUUGCAACUGUUCGUUUUGGACAGAUAGGUGUAACACUGAUAUCAGCAUGGUUUCUGAAAAACCUGCAAGCCUCAGCCUCUGCCUGUUGGUUGUACUCCAAUCUAACAGCAUGCCAAGCUCUUGGAAAUAUGUGUGUGAUGAAUAUGAACUCACUAAGUUCUUCAAGUACUGAUGCCUGUGGUUUGUUUCAGUAUAUUUAUGCCAACACAGCAAGGCUAGGCAUUGUUCAUUCAAUAUCCUUCUGGAGACAUAAUUUGCCAUGGCUAUAUUAUGGUGAUCAGCCUGGAUUAGCAUCCCAAGUGCUCGAGAAAACACAUUUUCCUACAAGCUUCAGUUUUAAAGGAACAAAUAAGGAUAUAAAGCUGCAAUUUAUUGCAGCCUCAUUUGAUGCAGCAGGAAACUUUCUGAAGUGGCAGAGUUUGGAAGGAGGAGUCUUACAGCUUUGUCCUGAUACUCAAACUAAACUGAAUGCAGCUUAUGUGUUUGGAACAACUUAUGAACAAAAUUGCAAAAUUUCAGUUUCAAAGAUUUUAUUGGAUUUUGCUAAUCCAGUCUUUUAUGAUGUAUUCCUUGAAUAUAAUGAUGCUGAGGGACAGCAGUAUCUUUGGGCUGUGCCAGUUUUAAACUUGAAUCUUCAAUAUAAUGAAAUGUUUGUGAAUAAAGGCAGCAAUAUGAACAGCUGGCUUUUGACUCGUCGAUUUUUUUUGGUGGAUGCACUAAGUGGAAAAGAGAACGAUUUGGGAAGACUACCAAGAAUAAUUCGAAUUGCUAGCAAAAUAACACUAAGUAUUCGUCUGGCAUCCCCUACUCAGAGGGGAACUAUUUACCCACCUCUAAUUACUGUUGCUUACACGGAUGUACUUAUCCAAAACCCUGACACACAGAGUGUGAUGGUUUCCUUCUCAGUCAACUAUGAGAUGAAUCAGUCAGAGGCUCAGAUUCAGACUGAUAUCACAUUGGGUGUAUUGGGUGGACUCGCAGUUUUAUGGUCCCUUCUCAAGACUGCAGGCUGGAAGAGACGUACUGGAAGCCCUGUAAUUGACUUGCAGACAGUCUUGAAAUUCUUACUAUUUUAUGCUGGAGAUCUUGCCAAUGUUUUCUUUAUCAUCACGGUGGGCACAGGGAUUUAUUGGCUUGUGUUCUUCAAAGCUCAGCAGUUUGUCUCUGUCUUUUUGCCACUUCCAUCUCAAGAAGAAGAUUUUGUCACGUAUGUAGGAUGUGCUUUUAGUCUAAAGGCUCUGCAAUUAUUACAUAAAUUGGUUUCACAACUUACUGUAGAUAUUUUCUUUAUUGAUUGGGAAAGACCUAAGGGGAAAGUUCUUAAAGCAGUUGAAGGUGAAGGUGUUAUAAAAAGUACUGCCGCACCUGUGAGCAUAUGGAGGACAUAUUUUAUAGCCAAUGAAUGGAAUGAAAUUCAGACAGUGAGGAAGAUAAAUCCCCUUUUUCAAGUGUUUGCAGUUCUUUUUUUUUUGGAGGUGGUGGGAUUUUCAAACCUGGCUUUAAUGGAUUCUUCUUCGAGUCUUACAAGAAGCAGUGAGAGUUACGUAGCUCCUUGGAGCCGUAUUUUGAGAUUUGGUGUGUCUGCUGCACUCUGGCUAGCCAUUGCAUUUUUACAGAUUAUAUUUUUUGCUGUGUUUUAUGAAAGAUUUGUUGAAGAUAAGAUAACACAAUUUAUUGAUUUGUGUUGCAUGAGCAAUAUUUCAGUGUUUCUCUUGUCACACAGUUGCUUUGGUUAUUAUAUCCAUGGUCGCUCUGUGCAUGGACAUGCAGAUACCAAUAUGGAAGAAAUGAGUAUGAACCUAAAGAGAGAAGCAGAGAAUCUGUGUAGUCGGAGAGGUUUGUUACCAAACACAGAUGUCCAGACAUUUCAGAUUUCCAUUUCAAGAAAAAUGAGACUGCAGUAUGACAGGAUUCAUGAAACUCUAACAAGGAAACGUGGUCCUGCUAGGCUUUUGGACUCAUCUGCAAAUACUUUUGAACAAAACACGAAGGCAUACAACACCAUGAACAAAUUUCUUGGUUCAUUUAUUGAUCACGUUCAUAAAGAAAUGGAUUAUAUUGUAAAAGAUAAGUUGCUGCUUGAACGAAUUCUUGGCAUGGAGUUCAUGGAACCAAUAGAGAAGAGUAUUUUCUACAACGACGAGAGACACUCUUUCAGUGAUGUCCUCUAUUAUGGCAACGAGACAACACUGCUUAUUUUUGAUAUCCUGUUUUUCUCUGUUGUGGAUCUGGCUUCCCAAAGUUUUGUUUUAGCAGCUAUUCUCACAUACUUACAACAGGAGAUAUUUAGGUUUAUUCGUAAUACAGUUGGACAGAAGAAUUUGGCAUCCAAAACCUUGGUGGAUGAAAGAUUUCUCAUUUAAUUGAUUAAGAAGAUGAAGUACAUGAAGUACUUUGUUGAGGAGUUAAUCAUGAAAAUUGUAUCCAAGAGCAAAGCAUCUCUGAACUACAAGUUAAUUGUAGUACACUGUUCAAUAAUAGCAUAAUGAUUUUGACAUUUGUCAUCUUUUUAUAUUUUGUAUUACUAAGUUUUAUUUUUGUAUAACUUGAAACAUUUUAAAAUUUGUGGACACUGAGCUGUAGGCCUUUGAAAGGAAAAGUACAUGAAAGUAAGCAGUCAGAAGUAAAGCUAAUGUUAUAAUUAGAAUAAAACAAAAUUGAUUUAACGGCUUUUGCUAAGAUAUGGACUGUUCAUCUUGAGGUGAUAAUUCAAAUAUUUUUGUUGUCAGGAGAGGUUGUUAUCUCCUAAGAUUUCUGAAAAUAACUGAUUUCCCCCCCCUUUUUUUUUGAGGUGUAAUGUUUAGCAGAUGUAUUUCAAGUUUCAUGUCAUACAAGAUUCGUUAAGAAUUAAACUAGCAAGUAUUUCAAGAGGACCAUUUAAAGGUCACUUAUUUACAGUAACUUCAACUUGAAAUUUUUAUUUAUUAGCGUAAUAUUAUCGGCCUUUAUCUCUUCCCUUUGCAUUAGUUAACUCAUUGUUUUUCUUGGGUGUGGACUGUAUGUGAAAAAAAUUGUGUGAGAUACGGUUGUUUUACAGUAGUACAGAAGAGUAGCGUACUGGUAGAGCAGAGGAGAAGAUGGUGGAUAUUUUUGGUCUGUUACUGAUCUUCUGUAGUCUAAUGUGAGAUGCCUAGGAAAAUAGAAUAAUUCCUCUGUGCUGAUUCAGACAGCGAAAUAGAAGUAAUGGUUCUCAUCUUUUUUGAGUGUUUUCACAGGUGCCUGUAUACUUCUAUGCCUAUAUCCUCCUCACUAAUUUUCUGGCUUUGUUAUCUUUAGAUUUAACACAGUGAACAUAAUAAUUUUAUCUUCAUUAUCUGUUUGGAAUUUAACCAAUUUAAUAAAAGUAAGUGCCACUUAUUAAGUGUUAAGAGAGAUUAUAAAUGGCUUUCAAAACAUCUUAGAUUAAGGUGUGUACCUCCCAUUGGUAUCUCUGAAAAAUCCUCUUACUAAUAUUUUUUAAAUAAUAAGUGUUUUUCAGUUUGCUGUUUUUACAACUGUUACUUGUCUUUGGAUGAUUCAGCAAUGGACUUUCACCAGCAAAAACACCAUAAAAAUUUAAGUCCAGGCUAGCAUCCCUAUUCAAAGUGGAGCUUAAAGAAGUGAUUCAGCCCCAUUAGUUUGACUUAGCUGCUUUUAAAUGCAGAUGUGCUUAUCUGAGUUAGAGCGGCAUUGUUUUUCAGGUGUCUCUUGGCUUCAUAAAGAGGAAGGGGUUCCCAUGUUGAUACCAUGUCAUGAUUUUAAACUGUCAGUAUUCAGAGUUGCUGUAGCUCUAAUAUAUUUGCUUUUGGAGAUGCAAAAGCAAUGCAACUUGCCAGACCAAUAUAGUUACUAUAAAGUAAUAGCAUUGUGUCAGCAAGUUAGGUUACAACAAGGUAGAUAACUGAAGAGCUGAUUUUCAGCAGGAUGUCCGUUUAUUAAUACACAGUUUAAUAUGGGCAUGUCUGUGCAUAUCUUUCUUUACUUUUGUCUCUUGUGCACAAUUCUUAGUUUGUUGGUGCAACAUAUUCCUCAAAAUAGGUGUGAAUACAAAACUUCCAACACGUUCACUAUGUAUACGUCCACUAUACAUAUAAUAUGUCCACUAUAUAAUAACAAAGGUUAUUGUAUUCCUACUCUUAAGUUGUCCAGUAAGUUCUGGGUCUGCUAAAACAGCCAUAGAUUGAAUUUCUGUUCAGUACUGUGACUGUAUAACUUCAUUACUUGAGGUGUUCUGUCAUAUUGCCUGUCAGUGAUGUAUUGAAUGCCAAAUUUUAAACUAAGCUAAGGAGCCAUCUGAGUGUCUGCAGUAGGACAUCUGCAAGGCAAAGUUAUGCUUGUGUGAUGUCCUUAUAUUUAUCUGGCCAAUAUCUUUGCAAACUUUCCAGAUCUUGCAAAUCAUUCUAAAGUGUUGGUGUACAAGAGGAAAUAUAAUAUUUCAUGUCACCAUAUUUAUUCAAGAGGAUUGAUGUGACUACAAAGGUGUAGAAAGUUACUGUGGUAAUAAAUGAGCAAGUAGACCACAAAUGAACCUAGUACAGUUCUUUCCAUAUUAUUGCCCUCCGGCAAUAAUGACUGUCCAUCAUUCUCAGUAACAGGCACAAGCUUUUUCUGUGUUGAUUAUCAUGAUUUCCUAGUCAUAAAUUAUUUCAGAGAAUAGACCCACACUUCCAACAUACCUCUUCCAGAAUGUUCUGAUUUAUGACUUAAGUCAGAAUAGUAGUAGUAGUCAGUAGUAGUCAGACCUAGGUAAAACAGGGAGUGUCUGCAGGCAAAAUGAAGAUACAAUUGUACAAUGUAUAGACACAGUGAUGCAAUUUUAAUUUAGCCUUUCUGCUAACAGUAGCGUUGGAGACACGACAGCAUGCCUGCCCUCAGUCUGUAUGCUAUUCCUAGUGCUUUUGUGAACCAGAUACACCUUUCCAUGUUAAAGUCAUGCUCUGAGUUGGCUUUAGAUAUGCCUUUAAUUAUAUGCUGCCAGAAGGGCAUGUGAAAGCUUUAAUGGCCUUUCAGUUUGAAAGAACUUUUGCAUCAGACAAAUUUUAUUACAGGCAAAAGAUUAAUUAAUCUAAGAACAGUUCCAUUUCCUUGGACCCCCUCUUCCUCCACACUGCACACACAUUCCUGUUAUGUUUUAUUUUUCCAGAUCAUUUAUCUAAAAUGUUAGUGUAGCUAACAUGUUCACACUACAUGGUUUAGGAAAUAAUUACAGGAGUCAGAAACUCCACAGAAAUGUUUCUUCAUUCUUGCUUUCUAGCAAACACUUGAAAGCGGUUGACUACACUUUGUUCUCAUAUUGAUCAGUUUGUUCAACAAGUAGCUCUUGUGAUUGUAAUACAAACUAAAUGGCUUUACUUUUUCUAAUUAAUGUGCAGUUACAGUGUGUCAUUCAUGUGGCCUGUUUUCAGGUUUCUAAAUUUAAUAAAACACAAGGCGUUUCAAACUCAGAA